UGAGUGACACUAACACCCACCCCCCUUUCCUCUCAGUUGCACUGCAAAUACGCAGGAGUUAGGAGCGAUACCUUCGAUCUAUCUAACUGCUCUGGGUUCGUUUCAAUCAUUAAACGCUUCUGCUUGAAAAAUCUUUGGCUUUUUGAGAGCAAGAAUGCUGGAAUUUCCCCAUUGAAUUUAGUUUUCUUUCAUGAAAUUGAGGGUUUCAGCUCACAGAGAAACUGCAAUUCCAAUGGGAGAUUUCAAUGGUGCAGAGUACAUAGGGAUUAAUGAGGUUCCAUCUCCCAGAGCAAAUAAUGCUAGGAAAGUUUCAGUCUUGCCUUUAGUUUUCCUCAUUUUUUAUGAGGUUUCUGGUGGUCCUUUUGGUGUUGAGGACACUGUGCAGGCAGCUGGUCCUCUUCUUGCUCUUUUGGGUUUCUUGAUUUUCCCAUUCAUAUGGAGUAUCCCAGAGGCAUUGAUUACAGCUGAAAUGGGCACCAUGUUCCCUGAAAAUGGUGGUUAUGUUGUGUGGGUUUCAUCUGCUUUAGGUCCAUAUUGGGGGUUUCAGCAAGGUUGGAUGAAAUGGCUGAGUGGAGUCAUUGACAAUGCGCUUUACCCCGUUAUGUUCUUAGAUUACCUGAAAUCAGCUAUCCCUGCAUUAGGUGGUGGGCUUCCUAGAACUAUAGCGGUUUUGGCCCUUACUGUGGUUCUCACUUACAUGAAUUACAGAGGUUUAACUAUUGUUGGAUGGGUUGCUGUUUCGCUUGGUGUAUUGUCAAUUCUUCCUUUUGUGGUUAUGGGGCUCAUUUCGAUUCCCAAAAUAAGGCCUGAAAGAUGGUUAGUGGCCGAUGUACGCAGUGUUGAUUGGAACUUGUAUCUGAAUACUCUCUUCUGGAAUCUGAAUUAUUGGGACUCGAUAAGUACUCUUGCUGGAGAAGUACAUAACCCAAAGAAGACUCUGCCCAAGGCUUUGUUUUAUGCUGUGAUUCUAGUCGUUCUGUCUUACUUUUUCCCUUUAUUGAUCGGUACUGGAGCUGUUCCCCUCCAGCGUGACUUGUGGACUGACGGCUAUUUCUCUGAUAUUGCGAAAAUGCUGGGUGGAGUUUGGCUUAGAGUUUGGAUUCAAGGGGCUGCUGCAAUGUCAAAUAUGGGGAUGUUUGUAGCCGAGAUGAGCAGCGACUCUUUUCAGUUACUGGGUAUGGCGGAGAGGGGGAUGCUCCCUGAGUUCUUCGCGAAGAGAUCUCGUUAUGGAACUCCUUUACUUGGGAUUCUCUUCUCAGCUUCUGGUGUAGUUUUGCUCUCAUGGCUAAGCUUUCAGGAGAUAGUAGCAGCAGAAAAUUUCUUGUAUUGCUUCGGAAUGAUCUUGGAAUUUAUAGCAUUUGUAUGGUUAAGGAUAAAGUGCCCCAAUGCACCACGCCCAUUCAAGAUACCUGGGGGAACUGUUGGAGCCAUCCUGUUGUGUAUACCUCCAGCCAUUCUUAUAUGUGUCGUGUUGGCCUUCUCUUCAAUGAAAGUAAUGGUUGUAAGCCUUGUUGCUGUUGCAAUUGGGUUGGUGAUGCAACCAUGUCUUAAGUUUAUUGAGAAGAAGAGAUGGUUGAAGUUCUCCGUUAGUUCUGAUCUUCCUGAUAUUACAACACAUGGAUCUUUACUUCGUUGAUUCUCUUAUAAGCAGUGGCUUUAUGUGGUACAACUAUUCCACUAACAUGUCAGCGGUGGAAGCUGUGUCAAAUUCUUAUGAUGGAGUGCAUUGAGAUAGAGCGAAACCAGUUGAAGUGGCUGCCAAAGUUUGGACGAUCCUUCUCUUUUAAGGAUCUUGUGGUAGCUUCUAAAGUUGUAAGUUUUAUUGCCCUGCUCUUGUGCCUACUUGUGUUAGUGUCUAGUAGCUAUGAUGUCCAGAGCAUAUAGCAGAAGUGGUUUAUCCAAUGUUGGAUGAUCCUUUUCUCUUUAAGGAUCUUAUAGCGAUAGAUUCUCAUCUUGUAAUGUGUAUUUCCCUGCACACGUGCCUAUUUAUAGUUAGUGUCAAGUUGCAUUAGUGAUAGUCAUUCAGGAAUUGCUUCAGAAAUAGACAGUGAUUUGUUUUUCCUGAAUUGACUACAUUUUGUGUAAUGCACAGUGAGCUAGUAAGACUACUAAUAGUAGAGGUGUAACUGAAUUCAUAUGUUCACAAAUGAACCGCUGUUAUAUAUGUUUGAACUAAUGAUGUUUAUUUAAUAAACAAACUCAAGACGUUUAUUUAA